AUGACGCGAGCAACUCGUCUCUUCUACGGCUUGGGAACGAUUGCUUCUCUGCUCGGCGCUACGAUCGCCGCGGAGAAUCAAACAACUACCGAGUGGCCACUGCACGACGAUGGUCUGAACCAAGUCGUGCAAUGGGAUCACUUUAGUUUCCAGGUCAAUAGCCAGCGUAUCUUCAUCUUCUCUGGUGAAUUCCACUACUGGCGUAUCCCCGUGCCAGGUCUCUGGCGCGAUAUCCUCGAGAAGAUCAAAGCGGCUGGUUUCACGGCGUUCGCCUUCUACUCGAGCUGGGCGUACCAUGCACCCAACAACAGCACGCUCGAUUUCACCACCGGCGCGCAUGAUUUCACUCCGCUAUUCGAGUUGGCCAAGGAGCUUGGGCUGUACAUUAUCGUCCGCCCAGGACCGUACGUCAAUGCGGAAGCCAGCGCUGGUGGAUUCCCGCUGUGGCUGACCACCGGUGAAUACGGUACACUUCGCAACAAUGAUACUCGUUAUACGAAGGCGUGGACGCCGUAUUUCACGAAAAUGUCCCAAAUCACUAGCAAGUACCAGGUGACUGAUGGAGAGAAUGCGCUCGUCUAUCAGAUUGAGAACGAGUAUGGAGAGCAAUGGACUGGUUCAGCGUCGGAGCGUGUGCCUAAUGAAAGCGCCAUUACUUAUAUGGAGCUUCUCGAGGCGAAUGCUCGUGCUAACGGUAUUACUGUGCCGUUGACUGCGAAUGAUCCGAAUAUGAACUCCCACUCGUGGGGAAGUGAUUGGUCGAAUGAGGGUGGUAAUGUGGACGUUGCCGGUGUAGACUCGUACCCCUCGUGCUGGACCUGUGACCUCAGUCAAUGCACCUCCACCAAUGGCGAAUACAUCCCAUACGCAGUCAUGGACUACUACGAUUACUUCCAAGAGUCCCAGCCCACCAUGCCCGAAUUCAUGCCCGAGUUCCAAGGUGGUUCGUACAACCCCUGGGGUGGUCCCGAAGGUGGCUGCGCCGAGAACUCGAACCAAGACUUUGCGAACCUGUUCUACCGGUGGAACAUCGGCCAGCGCGUCACCGCAAUGAGUCUGUACAUGCUCUUCGGAGGUACCAACUGGGGUGCCAUUGCCGCCCCCGUCACUGGUAGCAGUUAUGAUUACUCGGCGCCUAUCUCGGAGGAUCGAUCUAUUGGAGACAAGUACUAUGAAACCAAGCUGCUGGCUUUGUUUACGCGCUGCGCGAAGGACUUGACAAUGACAAAUCUGAUCGGGAACGGUACUCAGUAUACCGAUAAUGCAAUCGUCCGCGCCUAUGAGCUACGCAACCCCGAGACCAAUGCUGGUUUCUACGCGACUUUCCACCUUAAUACCUCCGUUUCAACAAACGAGGCUUUCCAUGUCAAGGUGAACACCUCUGCUGGUGUUUUCACUGUCCCCCAGCAUGGCGGUGUGGUCCGGUUGAAUGGAUACCAGUCCAAGAUCCUGGUCACCGAUUUCACCUUUGGCUCGAAGAAAUUGCUGUAUUCCACCGCCGAGGUUUUGACAUAUGCCGUCUUUGACAAGACUCCCACAUUGGUUCUCUGGGUACCUACCGGCGAAUCGGGCGAGUUCAAUGUCAAGGGCGCAAAGAAGGGUUCGAUCAAGAAAUGCCAGGGUUGCUCUGGUGUCAAGUUCAUCAAAGAGAGCGGUGGUCUAACUGUGACCUUUACCCAGUCUGCCGGCAUGAGCGUGCUGGAAAUUGACGAUUUCAACGUGAUCCUGCUCGACAGGACUGCCGCAUACAAAUUCUGGGCCCCUGCUCUUACGAAUGACCCGCUUGUGCCAGAGACAGAGACUGUGCUUAUCCAGGGACCGUACCUCGUUCGCGGCGCUACUUUAUCAGGCUCGAAGCUUGCUGUGACUGGUGAUAUUAUCAACGCGACUACACUGGAAGUCUUUGCCCCCAAGGUAGUCAAGUCGAUUACUUGGAAUGGAAAGGCUCUUCACACUCAGAGUACAGAGUAUGGUAGUCUCAAGGGAUCUAUUGCGGCACCCAAGAGUGUUACUCUUCCUUCCUUUGGAUCUUGGAAGUCGAAGGACAGUCUGCCUGAGCGCUUGACUACCUAUAAUGACUCGGGAGCGGCAUGGGUUGACGCAAACCAUCAGUCCACACUGAACCCUCGCACCCCUACAACCCUGCCAGUCAUGUAUGCAGAUGAAUACGGCUUCCAUAACGGUGUCCGCCUCUGGCGUGGAUACUUCAACGGCUCUGCAACAGGCGCCUACCUCAAUAUCCAAGGCGGAUAUGCCUUCGGCUGGUCUGCCUGGCUCAACGGCCAAUUCCUCGGCUCCUACCUCGGCUCCGCGACCCUCGAAACCGGCAACCUAACACUCUCAUUCGCCAAUGCAACCCUAAACACCUCCAAACCCAACAUCCUCCUAAUCGUCCACGACGACACAGGUCAUGACGAAACAAGCGGCGCCCUAAACCCACGCGGAAUCCUCGACGCAAAACUCAUCGGCUCAUCAGCCGGCUUCAGCCACUGGCGUCUCGCAGGUACAGCAGGCGGCGAGUCCAAUCUCGACCCCGUUCGCGGCGUCUUCAACGAAGAUGGCCUCUACGGUGAACGUGUAGGCUGGCAUCUGCCCGGCUUCGACGACUCGACCUGGUCCAAAUCCUCGGCUCUAAGCUUCACAGGCGCAACGGUGAAGUUUUUCCGCACGACCGUCCCACUGAAAUUCCCAUCUAACACGGACGUAUCGGUUUCUUUCGUGCUAUCUACGCCGGCGGGUAAAACGACUGCUUAUCGGGCUCAGAUCUUUGUGAAUGGGUACCAGUAUGGUCGGUAUAAUCCUUACAUUGGGAACCAGGUUGUGUAUCCUGUUCCGGCGGGUAUUUUAAAUUAUAAUGGGGAGAAUACGGUUGUUGUUGCGGUUUGGGCGCAGACGGAGGCUGGUGCUAGUAUUGAGGUGGAUUGGCGGGUUAAUUAUGUGGCUGAUAGUUCGUUGGAUGUUGUGAGUGUUAGUGAGAAGGCGGAGGGUUUGAGGACAAAGUGGACUGAGGAGCGGAAGAAGUUUGCUUGAUUCAUAUUAUGGGAUGGUGUAUGACGUGAGUAGAUUUUGACUCAGGGUCUGUUGAGGGCUUUGAACGAGG